UUAAAUGAUUUCCUGAAAUUUGUAGUUUCAUACCCACGAGAAUAUGGCAAACAAAACUAGUUAGUAAAGUAAGGGGUAUGAGCAGAUGAUGAGAUGGUGUAAAUAUCAAUAACUUUUGUGAAUUAAAUCGUGUGUUGAUUACCCGGCUGCCCCGCCCCGCCCCGCCGCAGUGUGGCAAAGUAACCAACCAACCUCCCUCUGCUGCUGUACUGUGGCGGCCGUUGAAUAGAACAAUGGGUAGAUUUGUCCGUCUAGCUCGGAAUAUUUUCUCUUCCCCCGCCUUAUUUCCCCAUCCUUUCAAACACCUUCGUUUCGCUCCUCAAUCACCGUUCACUGCUGCUAAUUAUUUCCACUCAGUUUCAGUUAUUGUUCCCAACACUGAGACCCAACAAACAAAUUCCGCAAACUCUACAAAACCGCCAUCACUGUUAAGAGUAAGGAAGAAGACUCACUCUCGCCGCAACUCCGCAUUCACACAUACUAAUAAUAAUACAGCCGUGGAGCUUGCAUUCAAUUCUGUUGUCAAAAUCUUCACCGUUUCAUGCAGUCCCAACUACUUACUUCCUUGGCAGAACAAAUCCCAGCGCGAAUCUAUGGGCUCGGGGUUUGUAAUUCUGGGCAGAAAGAUUCUUACCAAUGCUCAUGUUGUAGCUGAUCAUUCAUUUGUACUUGUAAGAAAACAUGGAUCUCCAAAUAAGUAUAGAGCACAAGUUAAAGCUGUUGGUCAUGAAUGUGACUUAGCUUUAUUAAUUGUUGACUCUGAUGAAUUUUGGGAUGGAAUGAUUCCUUUGGAGUUUGGAGAUAUUCCUUUUCUGCAACAAGCUGUUGCUGUUGUAGGAUACCCUCAAGGAGGUGAUACCAUUUCAGUCACUAAAGGGGUUGUUUCUAGGGUUGAACCUACACAGUAUGUUCACGGUGCGUCACAGCUUAUGGCAAUACAAAUUGAUGCAGCCAUAAAUCCAGGGAAUAGUGGUGGUCCGGCUAUAAUGGGCAAGAAGGUUGCUGGUGUAGCAUUCCAAAAUCUUUCUGGUGCCGAGAAUAUUGGUUACAUCAUACCUGUGCCUGUAAUAAAGCAUUUUAUAUCUGGUGUAGAAGAAAAUGGAAAAUACAUUGGAUUUUGCUCCCUGGGUUUAUCGUGCCAGACUACUGAAAAUGUGCAUCUCAGAAACCAUUUUGGUAUGCAACCUGGCAUGACUGGGGUCCUUGUAAACAAAAUAAACCCACUUUCAGAUGCAUACAAGGUUUUGAAGAAAGAUGAUAUUAUACUUUCAUUUGAUGGGGUGCCUAUAGCAAAUGAUGGUACAGUUCCUUUCAGAAACAGAGAACGGAUAACAUUUGAUCACUUGGUGUCUAUGAAGAAGCUUAAUGAAAACGCAGUAGUUAGAGUUCUGCGCGACGGCCAAGAGAUUGAACUCAGUAUUAUUCUCCAACCUAUUCAACCCUUAGUUCCAGUUCACCAGUUCGAUAAACUUCCAAGUUAUUACAUUUUGGCUGGUCUGGUAUUUGUUCCACUCACUCAGCCAUAUCUUCAUGAGUAUGGGGAGGACUGGUAUAAUGCUUCACCGCGUCGUUUGUGUGAACGGGCUUUGAGAGAAUUGCCCAAGAAAGAAAAUCAACAACUUGUUAUUUUAUCACAGGUCCUGAUGGAUGAUAUCAAUGCUGGAUACGAGCGUCUUGCAGACUUACAGGUUUUGAAGGUUAAUGGAACAGAAAUCGACAACCUGGAACACUUAUGCCAACUUGUUGAAAACUGUAACACAGACAGUUUGCAUUUUGAUUUGGACGACAAUAGAGUCAUUGUCUUGAACUGUGAAGCAGCAAAAAUCGCCACUUCCAGAAUUUUGAAGCGUCACAGAAUACCUUCAUCAAUGUCAGCUGAUCUUAUUAAUGCACAGAGUAAUUUGCAAUUAGGAGUAACCAGCUCAUGUUGAGACUGUAGUAACUCUUUCCUGCUUAUUUAUUCGCGCUCGAUUUUUUUCUCGGAGUUGUAAAAUUUUUGUUACUGUAUUUGAGUUAACAACAAUUUCUUUGUAUUCAUUACUGAACUUACUCCAUAAGGUUACUCACUCGUGACAGAACUCACAAUAUAAUUUGAAAAUAAGAUCAGGAUUAUGAAUGAGAAA